AUGGUUGACGAGGAGGCGUUACAGUCUGUGCUGGAUAUACCGUCCGAGGACUUGGAAGAGUAUAAUACUACUGGAUUUGUGAUUCUGAUCAAUGGGAGAUGGCCCCCAGAGUGGGACCCCGAAGAGUUGGCUGCAGGAGGGGGGCCAGACGAUGGAAACGAGCCAGUAUAUGGCUGUAAGUUGGACGAGGUUGGCUGGAUGAAGGUUCAAUAUGGUGAGGCGCAGACUAGAGCCUCCUCACGCAUGACUGAUGACGGGGAUUGGAGCGUUGAGUACCGACGGCCACCGGCCAUUGGUUUUCACUUUUGA